AACAACUGAGACUGUACAUUCCCCAUUUGUCUUUUGUAAUUGUCACAUACUCUUAUUUACCAUUUUACCAAUAAAUAUUGCCUUUGGUUUCUAAAGGAUGGUAAAAAAAAAAAAAAAGAAGGCAAAAGAUGAAGAAGCAAACAGAGCUCGUCGUAGUUUCGGUCCCGGUGACUGGUCACCUUCUCGUCAUGAUCGAGCUGGCUAAGCGUCUGAUCAAUCACGACCGUCGGAUCGACACCAUUACCAUCCUCCAGUGGAAAUUACCGUCAGCCCCUCACGCCGACAUCUUCGCCCAACCGCUCACCGCUUCCGAGCCACGCAUCAAGCUCAUCUCCCUGCCCGAAAUCCACGAACCUCCGCCAUUGGAGCUCAAACACAAAGCUUCCGAGGCAUACGUUUUGGAGUUCAUCAAGAAACUCGCUCCUCUCGUCAGAGACGCUCUUUCGGCCAUCGUGUCGUCGUCAGAAUCUGUUCGGGUCGUGGGAUUGCUUCUGGAUUUUUUCUGCGUCCCGUUGGUGGACGUGGGUAAUGAACUUGAUCUUCCCUCUUACGUUUUCUUGACUUGUAGCUCCGGAUUUCUGAGCAUGAUGAAGUAUCUCCCCGAGCGGCACCGGAAUAUUCCCUCGGAGUUUGACCGGAGCUCCGGCGAUGAAGAGCUUCCGAUUCAGGGAUACGUCAGCUCUGUCCCCACGAAGGUUUUGCCGUCUGGUCUGUUCGUCAGAGAGUCCUACGAGGCUUUCGUCGAGCUCGCAGAGAAGUUCCACCGUGCGAAGGGCAUUUUGGUAAAUUCUUUCACUGAGCUCCAGCCGCACGGCUUUGAUUACUUCGGCCGUCUAGAGAGCUACCCAAAGGUCUACUCGGUCGGACCGAUACUCAGCUUGAAGGACCGCCCGAAUCCGAACCAGGACGCAGCGGAGCGUGACCUGAUCAUGAGAUGGCUCGACAAGCAGCCUGAGUCGUCGGUCGUGUUCCUCUGCUUCGGGAGCGCCGGCAUCCACGGUGGGCCCCAGCUGAAAGAGAUAGCCCAAGCCCUCGAGCUCGUGGGCUGCAAGUUUCUGUGGUCGAUCCGAAAAAACCCAACGGAGGAAACGAACCCAUGCGAUCAUUUACCAGAUGGGUUCGCUGAUCGGACCGCGGCUCAGGGCAUGGUGUGUGGAUGGGCCCCACAGGUAGAAGUAUUGGCCCACGAUGCAAUAGGUGGGUUCUUGUCUCACUGCGGUUGGAACUCCAUACUCGAGAGCUUGUGGUUCGGCGUCCCGGUCGCCACGUGGCCAAUGUACGCCGAGCAACAGCUGAACGCGUUGACCAUGGUGAAGGAGCUCGGACUUGCAGUGGAGCUGCGGCUGGAUUACGUGUCGGGUCAAGGAGAGAUCGUGGCGGCGGACGAGAUCGCGAGAGCCGUACGAUCUUUGAUGGACGGCGGGGAUGGACGGCGAGAGAAGGUGAAGGAGAUGGCCGAGGCCGCGAGAAAGGCUGUGACGAUUGAUGGAUCGUCUUUUGUUGCUAUUGACAGAUUCGUUGACAAAUUGAUUAGCCCAUAAUUAGUUUUAAGCACUAAUGUCAUUGCCGGAAUCUCAAUCUCUUUAUGUUUUU